AAGAAGGAAAUAUAAUCAAAGAAUAACAGAAGAAGAAUUAAUAGAACAAAAUGAAAUACUGAUAAAAACGAAAGAAAAUAAGACUCAAAAAGAAACAAAUCUAAACCAAGAGGAAAUAAUAGAAACAGAAGAUAUAAAUCAAAUAACUAUAUUAAAGGAAGAAUCAAAGAAAAAAGACAAACUAAUCAAAGAAUUAGAAAAAGAAAAAGAAAAUUUACAAAAACUCAUACGAAACCAGAAAAAAGAAUAUUACCAUUACCUCGAAUCAAGGAUUAAAAGCAUAUUGCUAAUAUCUGCAAGAGGAAAUAAAUCUAGGAAAAAGUGGAUAUUCCUUAGAAGGAUGUGCAGAAGGUGUCAAAAAACUAUUGUUAGAAUUUACAAAUGGUUAGACCAAUAUAUACUGUAG